UCCUGUUCAGUUCCUGAUCCACUGGAGCUUUCUCCGAGUCCUGGAAUAUGAAAUCCAGCAGUCUGGCGAUUCACCUUCUUAACAGAUGGCAGAGGUCCUCAAAAGAUGAUCCUCAAAUGGACAGAGGAUUUACACUGCUUUGUGUUUCUCAGGGACAAAAUGAAACAGGUUUGGAGUUUUGGCUUGUUGUUUUUUCCCCACAUCCCCAGGCACUGAUUACUUUCCUGUAGCAGCUCAGAUGUUUUGUUCCUUUUGGUUUUAUAGUUGUAUAAUGUGGAAAUGAAGUGAAUAUCUGCAUUUGUAUUAAAAGGCUUCUGUUUUUUUACUUGUUAAUUCUGCACGAGUGAAGUGAAGUCUGAACGCAUCUCACAUCAAAUAAAUCCAACAAGAUCAGCAGAAAUCCUGCAAAACUCUCAUCACAUUUACAUCUUCAUUUUAGUUCUUCAUACAUCUUCCGCGCGCGCGCACACACACACACACACACACACACACACACACACACACACACACACACACACACCUGUACUGGGCGUGGCCUGGCCGUGUCUACCUGUCGCGGUGAUUCUCGCCUUAGAGACACGUUGAGUUGGUCGACACGCUGCAGCACGCGGUGGUGUUCUGUAACUUUCUGCGUGUAACUUCGACUGAAAAGCGGGGAAAAGACCGAGGAACAGAGGACGUGAAGAUUUAUAUGGAAUCCCCGAAUCCACUGCGGAGAAAAAAACUAUCUCUUUAAAGCGUCACCGGGGUUUAAUAAAGCGCGCAGGAAGCAGCAGGAGGAAGCAGCCAUGAAUCCAACAGACCGUGAGACCGACGUGGACAGAGACUGGGGCAGGAAAGCAGAGAAAGAUCAGAGUUGGAUCCCAAAGAUCAUAAAGAAGAGAGUGUGUACGACGCUUGUGGAGGAUCCUCACAGUAAUGGUGAGAAGUGUCAGUGUGGUGGUGCUUGUGGUCUUCAUGGUUCUGUAGCUACAGGUGAUUAUUUUGGUUCUGCUAUUGUGACUCAGUGGGACUCCUCCAAACACACGUCUGAGUGUCCGACUGACGCUUUUGGGGAGCUGAAGUUUGCUGGGAUCGCUCACAGACACAGUCACUUCCUGCGUCUGUCCUGCGACACUCCUGCUUCCAUUGUGUACGCCAUCCUGACUCAGCACUGGGGUCUGCCGCCUCCCAACCUGGUGGUGUCGUUGGCGGGUGGAGCCAACCAGGAGAAGGUCAAGAGCUGGGUACGAGAUGUGGUGAGACAGGGGCUGGUGCGCGCUGCACAGAGCACAGGUGCCUGGAUCGUUUCCAGUGGGCUGAGGGAGGGUGUGGGCCGCUGUGUCGGCGAGGCAGUGAGGGAUCAUGGGACUGCGGCUGCGUCCCAAUCCAAAGUGGUAGCUCUGGGCGUGGCCCCGUGGGGUCUGGUGAACAACCGGCACCAACUUGUCAAUGCAGAGGGCAGCUUCCCAGCCAGAUAUUAUGUUCAGAACACGUCUCAGGACUCGUGUUACCUGGACAGUAAUUAUCAGGCUUUCCUCCUGGUGGAUGAUGGAAGCAUCGAUCACAGAGGAGGAGAGAGGAGUUUCAUCACCAACCUGGAGAAGUUCAUCUCCCAUCAGCGCACCGGGAUAUGGGGCAGCGGCAGUAUCGAGAUCCCUGUGUUGUGUAUGCUGAUAUCUGGGGAUGCGUCCAUGCUGAAGAGGAUGGACAUGUCUCUGAAUAAGUCCACACCCUGGUUGGUGUUGAAUGGCUCGGGUCCUGCGGCAGACAUGGUCACAGAGCUGCUGAGCGACUUGAGCCGAGCAACAUCUCCUGUGGACGGAGUGGACAGAGACGUCUCCAACUCCGAUCUUAGAGAUAAAGCGCGAGAAAUCAUCAAGAAACAUUUCCCCUCGGAGAAAACACUGGAGAAGCUGGUGGACCAGUCUCUUCGCAUCUACCAGAAAAGAUCUCUGAUCACGGUGUUCCAUGGAGACCAGGACAGUCCUGAUGAUUUUGAAACGGUGAUCCUGAGAGCUCUGGUGCGAGCCAGUAAGCAGGUGAACAGUAAUUCCAGUGAGUACACAGAGGAGCUGAAGUUGGCUGUGGCCUGGAACAGAGUGGACAUUGCAAAGAGUGAGCUGUUCAUCGGCGACAUCCAGUGGACGUAUGAAGAUCUGAAGGACUCCAUGACGGACGCUCUGGUGAACGAUAAGCCUCAGUUUGUUCGUCUGUUCACAGAGAACGGUCUGAACAUUCUGGAUUAUCUGACGUAUGAGCGUUUGGAGUCUCUGUACCAGUCUCUCUCCACCAGCUCACUGGCCUACGCACUGCUGCAGUCGUGGUUGAGGGACAGACAGAACAUGGCCUUCUCUCAGACCUGUUCACCCGACACAGAAGGGAACUGUAAGGACCUGAAGGGUGCCGUGUCGAAGCCGUCGAGCACUCGGGGUCUCAGCCUGUUCGAGGUUUCGCGGUUAUUAGGGGAGAUUUUCGGGGGCAUGUGCAAACCGUUUUAUUACCUGCCCCUUGGCCUGGAACCCAAAUCAAGCACAAGGAGAUCUGUAAAGCAUGUGAAUAAGAUUCUGCAGGGUGACUGUGCAUAUCGUCAUCAGCCGGUUGUGUUCCCAUGGUCCUCUCUUUUCUCGGGUAGUGAAGAACAUCCCGUUGCUUUCACCAAAGUCAAUAAAGGGAAACCAGCAUCUCCCCAUAACCAUCCAUAUGUCAUACACCGAUGGAGGCAAUUCUGGUUCGCACCAGUCACUUCGUUUCUAGGCAACGUGAUAAUGUACUUCCUCUUCCUCUUCCUCUUCGCCUACGUCCUAUUGGUCGAUUUCAAACCUCCGCCUCCCCUUGGCCCCACCUACAUUGAAUAUUUGUUGUACUUUUGGGUUUUUACUUUGGUCUGUGAGGAGAUUCGACAGUCAUUUGUCAGCGGCUCAGGGAGUUUUUCUAAGAGUAUAAGGAUAUACAUCCAGGACAUGUGGAACAAGUGUGACAUGACGGCCAUCUUCCUCUUCACCCUUGGCCUCAUCUGCAGGAUGUUUGAGUGGUCAUAUGAGUUUGGUCGUUCGGUGCUGUGUGUCGACUUCAUGGUCUUUACUCUCAGACUCAUUCACAUCUUCGCUGUUAACAAACACCUCGGACCCAAAAUCAUCAUCCUCGGCAAAAUGGUGAAGGAUGUUUUCUUCUUCCUCUUCUUCCUGGGAGUCUGGCUAUUGGCUUACGGCGUGGCCAAUCAAGCGCUGAUAUACGCCUAUGACCCUCGACCCUACUGGGUAAUUCGCAGGGUUUUCUACAGACCGUACCUUCACAUCUUCGGCCAGAUACCACUGGAUGAAAUAGACGCUCAUAAACGUAUACAGAAGGUUUGCACCAGCAACGUGACUCUGAUCCAGCAGGGGGCAGAACCCUGUCCACAGUCUGAAGCCAACUGGCUCGUCCUCAUCCUGCUGUCCAUCUACCUGCUGGUCACCAACAUCCUGCUGCUCAACCUGCUCAUUGCCAUGUUCAGCUACACGUUCAGUAAGGUACAGGAGCACAGUGAUGUUCACUGGAAGUUCCAGCGUUAUAACCUGAUAGUGGAGUAUCACUCUCGCCCGUGUCUGGCUCCGCCCUUCAUCAUCCUCUCUCACCUGCGGCUCUUCAUCAAGAGAACAAUCCGCAAAGUUCCGUCUGUCAAAAUCAAACACUUCAUGUUGGAUAUUAAGGAUAGGCAGGCGAGCAGGUUGAACACAUGGGAGGCUGUACAGAAGGAGAAUUUGCUCUCGACUCAGAGUAAGAAGCUCCGAGACAGCGACACCGAGCGACUCAGACGCACAUCUGCCAAGGUGGACAACAUGCUGAAACAGAUAGCAGAGAUUCGAGAUCAAGACCGUAGACUAAGAACGCUGGAGUCUGAGUUAGAGUAUUGCUCCAGCUCCCUCUCGUGGAUAAUGGAAGAACUGGCACAGAGUGACCUGAUCAAACACACCCGUCGCCCCCCACUCCACCGAGACUCAAAUCCAUCAUCAGCUGCUUCCAGAUGAGAGAACGCCAAACAGACGAGUCUCCAAACCAGAGGCUCUUCUGAAUUAAUGAUGAUGAUGACGAUGAUGAUGAUGACGAUGAUGAUUCUCUUGCAUUUCAAUGUUUUUUAAAUAAACACCAAGUCUGAAAACGUCCACGUUCCUGUUCACACAUCAGACAGACAUCAGUUCUGUCCAGAUGACCAGAUCUUCCCUUCUUCCUCUUUAUAUAUUAUAUAAAUGUGUAAAUUUCUUGUGUAGACUGCAGUUGAGUUUGUGGAACUGUAAUUAGGGGUGAAAUGUAAAGUUUUGUUUUUAGGGAAUGUGAUUGAAGGGUCUCUUAUUUGUUCUGUGUUACUUUUAUACUCUCUUUUUUUUUCUAUGAGCUGAUUUUUAAUGUUUUAAAUAUAAAAAUGAUUAGAUUAUUAUGCUGCAUGUGUCUGUCCUGUGAGUGUAUUCUGUAAUCACGGUCUUGGCCUUUCCCGGUGCCGAGGCUCGUGACCCCUCCCCGUCCUCUGAAGGGCGAUCAUUUGAUUCCAAGCGGUGGUCUCGCAGGAGCCUUACAUGGGAAGACUGGGGGCCAAAUCAGGCUCAGGUUCUCAUCUUCACUGACUGUGGAUCAGAGUCUCGGCUCCUGCGGCUGCUGCUUUCGAGAUCGCUGCGUGCUUUAAAGAGCGAUACAGGAAUUUGGGUCCAAUGCAACUUAAUGCAGUGGUUUAGAUUUGAUCAGAUGUCACUAAUGAUUAAUGAAUAACUGAACGAUUGACUGUUGGUUGUGUUUGUAAACCUCACAGUCUUUAGAUUUUGUAAAUGUUCUUUUUAAAGACCCCACACAAUUUUUAUUCCUGUCCAAUCCAUAAUUCCAGUAGUUGGUCGAACGCAUACGAUUCUUCACCAUGUGUAACCCCGUGUUCAUGCAUCGUUAUAAUUAAUAUUAAACUUUGUUCAUCGUGAAAUGAAA